AUGACUGAAGUGGAUCAAGCUGAGAAAGGAGAUGGCCGUCUGGUGCCUGAAUUGACAGAAGAAGAGAAGAAACAGUUGGAGAAAGAACGCGAAGAAGCUAAGAAAACGUCGACGUAUCCUACUGCGCCAGAGUUUCCUCUCGCUGAUAGAGUGAGAGAGCUUGGAUUGGAUGCACCACUUGAGAGUGCUGAAUUCUAUGAAGACUUGAAAACAAAGCCAACUACUUUUUACAAAGAUAUGAAGGAGCUGCCCGACUACGUCGCUAAAAAAUACAUACCAGAUAUCUGUCGACGAUAUAUGGAGUUAGAGAAGCGGAUCAAGGUUCUAGAGUCAACAUUAUGGGCGUUACCUCGUGAGGACAGAAGUCUUGAAGAGGACAGGUUCGAGAUCUUAACGGAACUCUUGGAUAAAGCAUGCCAAGGAUUCGAAAUCUGGGAUGAGCAUGUUGAAAGGAAUAUCAAAUUUGGCCAUCGCGUUGUUCUUGAAGCUCGGCUUCUUCAUUUAAUCGAAUCCAAAUUCGACAUCAUUGAGAGGAUCUGCGCUGAAUUUGACAAACUGAAAGGAGAUCAACAUGGAGUGAACAAUGAGCGAGAGUUCCUUCGGUAUGAAAUCCGUCACUGUGACCUGAUGUUCACCGAAAUCCAUGAAAGCUUCCUGAAAUCAUAUUUGGACAUGGAAUGGUAG